CUAGGCAGCACAACUCGAUCCACAAAUCGUCAUGCGCGUUUUGGACUGUCACAGACUCACAGAUAUGUUUAACAAUACAGUAAUCUCUCUUUCUUCUUCGGAAUUCCUCUUUACCUUCUCUCCUCCUAUCAUUUUGCGCACCAUGCUCUCCCACCUCAGCUCUUAUUCGCUCACUCCAGCUCAAAACAUUUGUGCAGUUAGUUCUAGCUCCAUCGACUCCUGUGUGUGAGAGCGUGCUGAUGGAUGUGAGAAGUGAAGUAGCCUAGAUUUGAUAACAUCAUGGAAUUAUUUUUCUAAGAACACCUGUAGAAAGAUUGUGCACUGGGGAACUAUUCUAAGAAGGACAAUAUCCAUAUAAAUGCAACGCUUUAUUUGGGAAAAAAUAACAAAUGGUUAUCUUUACCUUCAUUGAUGUCGAGGACAUUAGUGAAAACGUUCACCAACACUGAUGGCAGUGUUCUGCAAUUUGCAUCUAUGUUUUUGGACUUUUCAUAAUACCAAGACCGUAAGCUCUUCUUCUUCUUCUUCUUCUUCGGGUGUCUUCUGAAAUGCGCUAGAGGAGCUGAAAGGAAGGGGGAGAAGGACAACACAAUGAGGGGGAAAUACUUUCUGCUCGGUUACUUGUUGGUCAAAGUUAUAGCGCUGGUCUGCAAGGCGGACGGAGAACCAGGACAACUGGAUGGCUUUGUCAUGAUGACGACCUCCAACGGAUCUAGGGAGGACGAGGGCGCAGGCUUCUCAGAGCCCCCACACACGGAGGACCGGUGCCGGGGGUACUAUGAUGUGAUGGGCCAGUGGGACCCGCCGUUCGUUUGCAAAACGGGCGAUUAUCUGUAUUGCUGCGGCACCUGUGGCUUUCGGUUCUGCUGCUCCUACAAGACCUCGCGGCUGGAUCAGAGCACCUGUAAAAACUACGACACUCCGGUGUGGAUGAUGACAGGUCAAACCCCGUUUAAGAAAAAUGACCUCCGGCACGACCCCACCAAAGAUAAAACUAAUUUAAUCGUGUAUAUAAUCUGUGGAGUAGUCGCUAUCAUGGCACUUGUUGGGAUAUUCACCAAACUCGGCCUGGAAAAGGCGCACCGACCACAGAGAGAGAAUAUGGCUAGGGCUGUCCAAAGCGUGUUACAGGUCGGCUGUCCAGGUGAGCAGUUCCAGGGGGAGGACACCCUUGGCAUGCAGGCACAGCACUAUGACACAAGGGCCAACAACCUCCAGGGAGGUCAGAUUAACAACACCGUGGGCCAGCCACACCCCUACCCUGCUCUGAGCCAGCUGGCUCAUGUCUAUGAACAGCAACAACCUGGGAAGGAACUCAACAAGUAUGCCUCGCUCAAGCUCGUCGCGGCCAAGGCCAACGGCGACUUCUACAACAAGCGGCGUCUGAUGGUGGAACUGCCAUCUGAAGGCGGCCUCCCCCUCCAACACAUGAACGCCAUGCGACCUAUGAACGCCAUGACCAACAACCCUAUUUCCCACAACCCAAUUAAUAACCCCACCAUGACCCACAAUCCAAUGAACAACCCCAUGGUCCACAUCAACCCCACGGCCCACAACAACCCCAUGGCCCACAACAACCCCAUGGCCCACAACAACCCCAUGGCCCACAACAACCCCAUGGCCCACAACAACCCCAUGGCCCACAUCAACCCCACGGCCCACAUCAAGCCCAUGUCUCACAACAACCCCAUGUCUCACAACAACCCCAUGUCCCACAACAACCCCAUGGCCCACAACAACCCCAUGGCCCACAACAACCCCAUGGCCCACAACAACCCCAUGGCCCACACCAACCCCAUGGCCCACAACAACCCCAUGGCCCACAACAACCCCAUGGCUCACACCAACCCCAUGGCCCACAACAACCCCAUGGCCCACAACAACCCCAUGGUCCACAACAUCCCCAUGGCCCACAACAACCCCAUGGCCCACAACAACCCCAUGGCCCACAACAUCCCCAUGGCCCACAACAUCCCCAUAGCCCACAAUCCCAUGAAUCCCAUCAGCCCCCUGGGCUCCCUGGGCCCAGAGCCCGUGGCCACCUACAUCACAGAGAUGCCCAGCAGCUUGCCCAUUCUAUCCAGCUCCCACCAGGGCUCCACCAUGCCAGCCGCACCCAAGCAGAACGCACAGAAGCCCCAAAGACUCAGCAGCAGUGGCUGUGGAGGCGACAGAGUCAGUAAUAAAGGUUCAGGAGCCAUGACUAUGUCCAGCAUGACUAGAACAGGGACUUUCCCGGGGCCUCACCGCCACACCGGGACGGUUCCCGGGCCUCACCACCAACAACAACACCACCACCAACAUCAAGAGCAACAACACCACCCACUGGCCUACAGCUCCAACACCAUCGCAGCCCCCAGGGGGAUGGGGGGAGGGGUGGGUCUGAAGGGCUGGGACGGGACUGAGACGGUAGGCAGGAGGAAGGGUUACGGCUCUAAGAGGCCCCAGUGUACGGUGGAGCAGAUCAACAAGCUGCACAGUCAGUCCCGCUCCCAGAGCCACAGUCAGCACUUCCUGCCCACUCAGCCUUACUUUGUGACCAACAGUAAGACGGAGGUAACUGUAUGAGAGAGUGGGAGAAGGGGACGA